AUGACCGCUUAUUUUCUGGUGGCUCUCGAUCGGCAAUGGUCGCUGGAGCGUGAAGAGAGCGGCGAUCAGGUGCCCGCCGCUCCGACGCGUACGGCGAUUCUCCACGCCGCCGUGCGACCCACCGUCGAGGCCGGAAACACAACUAGCUAUUCCGUUGAGCUUAACCACGCUCAAAACUUGGCGGGCGCAAGACUCCGUGAAAUGUUGUCGCUCUACAAGAUGUAUCCUCAAGUCGGAAAUAACGAGACCGAG